AUGAUAAAAUUUUUCAGAAUGGAAUCGCUUGAUCCAUCAAGGUUGCAAUCAGUUUAUAUUAAUAGACGCAACAAAUCGUCAACACCUCAUAUUUAUUCGGCAGUUAGAAGGCACAAAUCACUUAUCGAGAAAAUUCGAAUUUUUGCUGAAAAUACGAGUGCACAUGGUGUACGACGUGUUUUUGUUGCACAACACGCAUAUGCUGCAAGGCUAUGGCUCACCGGCAUAUUAUUUUGCUUUAUUAUUUUACUUAUACAAGCUCAUCAUCUAUUCAUGAAAUUUAACCGAUAUGAAAAAAUCACUAAUAUUGAGCUAAAAUUCGACCAAAUGGAAUUUCCAGCGAUUACAUUCUGCAAUCUGAACCCCUACAAAAAAAGCCUUGUCCGACUUGUGCCUUCUGUUAGAGAUACGAUGGAUGUUUAUGAAAAUGCUAAAUCAUUUAAUAAAGAAAGUGAUAAAAGAAAAGAAUCGAAAGUAUCCAAAAAACAAAAACUUAUCGAAACUGAAACAGAAAUUAAAAAAUUAUUUGAAAAAUUUUCGGAAGAAGUUGAAUCUUAUAGUCAAAAUUAUGAAGAUUUCGACAAUAAUUUUAAACGAUUUCAAAGAGAGCGCUAUGAAUUAGUUGAAGCACACUGUAAAUGUGUUGGUGCCAGCAGUAUGGAGUGUUUGCGGUUUCAAUCGUUUCCUGUACCAGAAGAUGCGGUUUGUCUGUGCAUAUAUGACCGUAAUUCCAAAACUGCUUGGCCAUGCUUUAACAUAACGUAUGUUUUUAGCUUUAUAAAUAUUUUCUGUCAUUUUGAUCAUUUCUCUUUUCUUCAUUCAGGCAAAAAAAUCACGACAAGAGAAAAAAUUCGAAAAUUAUGGAAACCUAUAUCGACUACGACGCCCACAACAACGACAACAACUACAACUACUAUUCCUCCAACAACAACUAGGCACAAAAACCAGUCAGCACGUGUUACAGCUCCAGAAACAGUUAAAGCAAUGGGAUUUACAGGCUUAACUGAUGGUGUUGCGAUGCUAACUCGAGCAAAAGAGAACCUUAUAUUCACCAUGUCAGCCUUAUCUAAAAAACAACGAAUUGCAUUAUCGCACCAAAAAAAUGAAUUCAUUGAAAUGUGCUCAUUUAAUGGCAAGCAAUGCGACAUUGAUAAUGAUUUCAAACUUCAUGUGGACCCAGAAUUUGGCAAUUGCUAUACUUUCAACUGGAAUAAAAGUAAUAUUUUUAUGAGCAGUAAAGCGGGGUCAAUGUAUGGUAUUCGAGUCCUAUUAUUCGUCAACACAACGGACUAUAUGUCAACUUCAGAAAGUGCAGGUGUCAGAUUAGCUGUACAUAAUCCUACGGAAUUCCCUUUCCCAGAUACUUUCGGCUAUAGCGCUCCGGUUGGUUUUGCUUCAUCUUUUGGACUCAAAAAGCAAGUUAUAAAACGUCUAUCGGCACCAUAUGGAGAAUGUGAAAAUAAUGAUGAACUUAGCUCAACGAAAUAUAUUUAUGGUGGAUAUGACUAUGAUCCAGAGGGCUGCCAUCGAAGUUGUUUUCAAAAUAUGCUCCUUAACAAAUGUGGAUGUGGUGAUCCACGCUUUCCUGUACUUAAAGGGCAAAAACAUUGCUCGGCAUUCAAUGCGACAGCUAGAAAUUGUGUAGAAACAGCAAUUGCAGAAAUGGGUGAUUUCCAUCAUAUCAUUGAUAAUUUAGGUGAUUGUGUAUGUAAGCAAUCGUGUGACCAUGAGGUUUAUAGUGUAACAUUUUCGGCAUCAAGAUGGCCCUCAGGAGCAACUGAUCUUGGAUUUUGUGAGGAAAUGAGUAAAGAAGAAUGCGAAAUAUUUUAUGGCAAGAAUGGUGCAAUGGUUGAAGUAUAUUAUGAACAAUUGAAUUACGAAUUAAUACGUGAAAGUGAAGCAUAUGGUGUAAGUUUUAGUGUGAUAACAAUAAUCGAAUGUGCAGUACUGUUCCUCGAUUUAUUAUCAGCAUGCUGUAAUCAAGUUAAAAAAAAUGGUUUAGCAAAUUCAUUACAGUCAAAUCGAGAAAGUCGAAUAAAUCGUGUAAAUCAAGCAAUUAUCAAUAUUAAUGGUUCUAAUCAAAUUAAUGAAGAUUGCGAUGAAGAUCAAUCAAAUCAGAAGACAUUUCAUAUUUAA